ACGGCGGUGGCGGCGGUGGGAUGGCGGUGCGGUGGCCGUUGAUGGAAGAGGCGCGGUGGUGGUGGAAAGUAGAGGUGCGGUGGUGGUGGAAGUGGACGGCUAGCCGGAGGAGAGAAAGAAAAAGAAAAACGGAGGGGAUGAAAGGAGAAGAAGGUGGUGGAAGUGGUGGGUGAAGAUGGAGAAGAAGAAGAAGAAAAGGGAGAAAAAGAAAGGAAAGGAAGAUGGUGGGAAGAGAGCAAGAUGCCGCCUCCGCUAUCCCGCAAAGUAAGCGGAGGCGGCAACCACCGGAAGGGAAGAAGAAGACAGGAAAAGUAUAGAGAGAAGGUGGAGAAAAAUUUUAGAGAGAGAAGGGUAACAAACCGUCAACCCCAUGUGCUUUUUUUUUGUUUUGUUUUUUUGCUAAUGACACAAAAUUUGUAAAAAAUUUGUGUAAGACUAUCUCACGAGUUUCAAUCUGUAAGACGGGUAAGAUCUUUGAUUAUUGAGAUCAAAAAUUCAAUUCAUUAAUUAAAGAUUUGACCCGUUUCACGAAUUGAGAUCGACCCGUAAAACAGUCUCACUUUCAUACAAUUAGGUAUUAAGUUAAUGCUCUUCAAAAAAAAGGUAUUAAGUUAAUGAGUUUGAGCUAUGCACAUUGAUGGCAUAAUAAUAUAAUAAUGAGUUAUUGUCAACAUGGGCAUUUGGUAACAACUCAAAUCUGUUUGCCGUCAGAAACAACAAAACCCACAGCCAUACAAUACAAAAUCCUUAGCUAAGCAAGGAGGGAAUUGAAGAAGAAGAAGAAGAAGAAAGAAGUAGUGCCUCCAGGCCACCAUCAUCCUCAGCCGCCAUCUGUUUUCUUCAAUUCAAGGACUCAAUUACCGCCAUCUGGAGAUAAGCUUAGCUAUCUGCUUGUAGUGUUUGGGUGAAGAGAGACUGGGAUUUCUUAAUGCUGCUUUAGUUAGGUCUGCUUUGAUCAAGCUUAUCACAAAUGGCUUAUGCUGCUGUAACUUCGCUUAAAGGAACACUCCAUCUACACUUCUUGCAAUCACAACCACGCUUCCCUCUACAACACAACCAACAGAUACUUAUUUCUCUCCAUCAAAAUCUUGGUUUCCUCCAAGAAGUUCUUGAGAAAUCUGAGAUCGCCUAUAAUAAUUCGGCAAUGAAAGAUUUAGAGGCAGAGAUGAGAGAUGUAGCUUUCGAAGCUGAAGAAAGGAUUGAGAUGGAAUUGAGUAGCAUUUAUCUUCAAUCAAGCAGUAUAGACGAGGCUUGCCUCCUCAGGCUUGAUGGAAUCUUGAAGCAAGCAGUAAAACAGACUGAUUACCUGAAGAAGAAGUUGAUUAAGAUUCAAAGUAAACAGCAGUUUGCAAAGGGUCCAUCAAUCCUUGGUAGGAUGCGACAAAGAGGACUACUCCUUGGUUCAACAUCAUCGCAGCCUGCUGAUCCAGAACGCGAGAAUAAUAUUACUGUCAGUAAAUUUUCCAAAAAUGCUUCAAAGUUUGACAGUAGAAUGGUUGGAUGCGACAAGGAAUUCAAGACGAUAUUGGAUAAGCUCACGCAACAAUCAGCUGAGCACCUCCAAGUUGUAUCAAUAGUUGGCAUGGGAGGAAUAGGCAAGACCACUUUAGCUCGGGAAGUCUACAAGGAUCCAUCAAUUACAUCUUAUUUUUACAAGAAAGCAUGGGUUACGGUAUCUCAAGAGUAUGAUGUGGAACAAAUGCUCCAAUGCUUUACUGAUUGUGUUAAUCCAGCAUCAAAUGAUAUACCCCAUAAACAAAGAAAUGACAACUCAAAGGCAUCAGUCCGUAAACAAAGCCGUAAACAAAGAAUUCACAACUUAUCAGGAAGUUUGCGUAAACACUUGAAGGAUCAGAGAUAUUUGAUAGUGAUGGAUGAUAUAUGGAGCACUACUGCUUGGGAUAGUGUGCAAAGAUGCUUUCCAGAUGAUAAUAAUGGAAGUCGUAUACUAUUGACUUCUCGGCUAAGGGAAGUGGCUGAAUAUGCAAGUUCAGGUAACUCUACUAUUAACUUGUCAUUCUUAAAUGACAAUGAAAGUUGGAAUCUCUAUUGCAAUGUGUUUGGUCAAACAGAAUUUCUUUCCAUGUUUGAGCAAAUUGGUAGAAACAUAGUAAAGAAAUGUAAUGGAUUACCUCUAGCUAUUAUAGUAAUAGCUAGUCUCCUAUCCAAGACAGAGGAGACAGUGGAGAAGUGGAGUAAUGUCGCAGAAAAUGUGAGUAGAUAUGUAAGUAGUGAUUCUAAUGAUGCAUGUUCCAGAAUAUUAUGUUUGAGUUACAACCAAUUACCACACCACUUAAAGGCUUGUUUUCUAUAUUUUGGAGUUUUCCCAGAAGACUAUGAGAUCCAUGUGAAGAAGUUGGCUAGGUUGUGGGCGGCAGAGGGAUUUUUGAAGGCAGAGGACCAUCCAAAUAUCGAGGAUCCAAAUAUGGAGGAAGUGGCCAUGGAAUGCUUGCAAGAUCUUGUUGAUAGAAGUCUUGUUUUUGUUAACAAACAGAGCUACAAUGGGAAAAUGAAGACAAUAAGAAUACAUGACUUGUUGCGUGAUUUGUGUUUGAGGGAAGCUCGACAUGAAAAUCUCUUGAAUGUCAUUGGAGAUGAAAAACUUCCAUUUUACAAGAAGAAAAUCUCUUGUCGUUGGACAAGUGCAACAUCAAGUUUUCAUCUACUUUCUUUGACAAAGUGCUUUCACAAAUCACAUUCCUUUCACUAUCAUAAUGAUUAUUACUACGAAAGUGCGGAACGUCUAUUUUCACACUUCAAACUACUAAGAGUAUUAGACAUAGAGUGUAUAUGUUCCGAUAGAUAUGAGGAACUAUAUGCGCUUGCAAAUCUUAUUCAUUUGAGAUACUUAGCUUUGAAGUAUUCAAUAGAUAGGACUAUGGGUAGAUAUUCUCAUUUAGAGCUCUUUGAGCAUUGGAAUAUGCAAAGCUUUAUUGUUCGUAAAAAUGGUGGUGCAUUCGAUUCCUUUGAGGCAUAUGGAAUUUGGAAAAUGCCACUAUUAAGAAAUUUUUGCAUUGAAUGGAUUGUUUCAUUAGGAACUUUGCCAGUUGUUCAUAGAAACUUAGAGAGUAUAUCUUGGUUGCAUCCUAAGCUCUGUACAAAGGAUCUGUUUACAAGGAUUCCAAAUUUAAAAAAAUUGGGGAUUAUUGAUGGUGGACUCGAUGAAAACAAUGAUGGUGGAUCCGAUGAAAACAAUCUAGAUUGUUUUUAUAAUUUUGUGAACUUGGGGCAGCUUGAGGAGCUAAGCAUCAGAGGGUGGAAGUUCAACCAUAUUCCAUGUAGCGGCAUUGCAUGGGCAACUAGUUUUCUACCAAAUCUUAAGAAGCUCAAAUUCUUCUGGACUAGUUUGGCAUGGAGUGAUAUGAGGCUUAUUGGUAUGUUGCCGAAUCUAGAGGUUCUAAAACUGAUAAAUGCUAUUGCUAGCGAAGACACAAUGUGGGAACCAUAUGAGGAAGGGUUCCGUCAAUUGAAAAGAUUGGUAAUUGAAGAUAAAUAUGGAAGGUGGAAACAUUGGAAUGCUGUUGGUGACCAUUUCCCCUUGCUAGAAUGUUUAGAGUUACGUGAAUGCAAGUAUUUGCAAGAGAUCCCUAGUGGUUUUGCCGAUAUCAUCACACUAGCACUGAUUCAGUUAAACGGGUGUGGGGAUUCCGUUCUGGCUUCCGCAAAGUUGAUUCAAGAAGAGCAAUAUAACAACUAUGGAAAUGCUCUCCUUGUUCGUUCGGAAAAUAUUAGGACGAAAGGUAGUGGAAACAGCACAGAGGAAGAAUGGGAUGUGCAGACAAAAGGUAGUGUAUAUAGCACAGAGGAAGAAUGGGAUGUUGAGGAAGAGAGUGAUCUUUCUCAGGAUUAGGCAGAGUGGGUGAAGAGAGAGCAAAUGGAGCAAGCUAAGUCUACUGUUAUCCAUCAACUCAUCAACAAAACGCCAAAAGUUUUCUUUUUUUUCCUUACAAGAAAGAAGAAAUGGAGGUGAUCUUUUUUUGCUUAACAGAGUGGGUUCGAGGCCUAUCAAAUGACAUGACUAGUCUUUAUUUUAUCUGUCUUAGCUGACAUGAAAUCACUGUUAAAUUAUUUUUCACACUUUUGUGUAUUAGCAAAUCGUACUGUCCACGCUUGGAGUCAAUUUUUCAGUUCGAUCCUAGAGAAAGGUUGUCAUCCCCUCAAUAUAGCAUAAAUGCACUCUUUCGCAUAGCAUAGCAAGAGGAUCUGUUAUGUAUGAAUCUGCCAAUGGUUUUUGUAUUUGUUGCGGAUUUGUUGCAAUAAUGAAUUUGGCUCAAUACGUAGUGUGUUGCAUGCAUCAUAAACUAUUAUGGUUUGUGCUUCAA